CUAGAGUUUUCAGCUAACGAGUACGUACGUCUCAGAGACAAAGAGAAUAAAACGCAUCGCAGCGAUUUAAAUAUUUAUCAACAUCAUAUUAAAUCAACAACUACAGUAAUUGCAGUGUGUGUGUUAACUAACUAACGAGGACCCAGCAUGGAUUUCGGUGCCUUGUUGCAUUACGCCAAGAAGAAAAAUGAUGCAGUCACCAAAAUUGAGCAGAAUAAAUACUACAGCACCAAGUAUGCGCCGCCCAAGAAGGAGAGCAAGGAGAGCAAACAGCUGUCGAGCAACAUACAGAAGUUCCUCAAGAAACGCGAGGCGGAGGAAAGCGAACGCAAGAAGCAGGAGCGCGACAAGCUGAACAAUUUGCUGGCGAUGCGCGACGAGAAGUCCAAGAAUAAGAUACGCAAAAUGCUCAAAGUGACCAAGUCGGCGAACAAAUCGGUGCUUGAAGACUGUGAUACCGCGGCUGGCGAUGGCGAGCAGCACGAUGGCGAUGAUUAUGGCUAUGUGUCGAACGAGGCGAACGCCUUUUAUCAGAAGUACAUCGAGAAGGUGAAGGAUGUGCAGGAGGACAAAGGAUUUGCGCCCAGUAGGCCGCAAUCGUUGCGGGAUCUCUCCGGCACCAAGGAGCGCGUCAAGGCUGCCAUCACCCGGGAGCGUGAGGAAGCCAAAACACACACGAGGCAGCGGCUAAGCACAGGAGCGAGUUCGAAAAGCGAACCGAGUGUGGCGCGUAGUUAUAGCACCUCGUCGAAGACGCUGUACAAUCCCGAGGCGGAGCGUCGCGCCCAGGAGGAGGAGCAACGCAAGCAGGAGGAAAAGGAGCGCGAAAAGCGAAAGAUGAAGCGACCAGCACAACCGCCGCCCAUGGAUUUCCAGGCACUGCUGCGUCUGGCCGAGAAGAAGCAACACGAACCCGUGGCAAUGGCGGCGCCCGAAAAGAAAAAGGAGCCGGAGCGUUUGUUGUCGGCACGUGAGAAGCGCGAACAGGAGGAGCGACAGCGCUACAAGGAGCAGCGAGCGCAGCGUGAUCGCAUGCGAGAGCAGGGAACGUCAACAGCUGCUGGCAAGGAGCAGCGAAGCAAUGGCAAUGCCACAGCUCAGGCGCCAGCUCGAAUGGAGCCCAACGGUCGCAUACCCAAGCUGAACAAAUCGCCAGCCGUGGCCAGCGGCAAGGCGACGGAAUCAGGGAGAUCUGCGUCAAGCAGUGGCAGCGAUGCCAAAGCGAAGCCCACAAGUGACAAGCGGCCAACGUCAAGUGCCCCCAGCAGCAGCAGUAGCAGCAACAGUUCCAGCCUCAAAACAGCCACAAAAUCCUCAAGCAGCAAUGGCACCGCCAGCGGGAGUAGCAGCGCUUCAAAGCGUCCUCAAGGCAGCGCCAGCAACACAAAACCAUCGUCAGCAACGACGUCUUCGUCGUCGGCGGCGGCGGCUUCAUCAUCCAAACCCGCUGCGAAAACGGAAUCUCGCAAUCCAUACGCGGCCGCUGUCAAAGCGGGAGCGACUCGCGAAUUUCCACCACGAGAACCGAUCGCCAAGACGCGCGCCUUCCCGCCCAGCGAUGUGCAGCGUUCGGCUCCGCGUCGACCGCCUCCGCCUGGCGAUGCACGUGGCGGUGGCGGUCGAGUUGGUUCAUCGGCGCAGGCGUCGUCGCGAAGGCAGCCAGAGAUGAGCAACAAAAGACGCAUUUAUGAUGAUGAGGAUGACUCGGAGUACGAUUCGGAGCUGGAUGACUUCAUCGACGAUGGCGACUGCGAGGAGGAUAUUUCAUCGCACAUUCGUGAUAUCUUUGGCUAUGAUAAGCGCAGAUAUCGCGACAUCGACGACGAUGAUGAUCAAAUGGAAUCGAGUUUCGCGCAAGUGCAACGCGAGGAGCUCAUCAGCAAGAAACUAGGUUUACAAGAGGACUUGGAAGAUAUGCGCAUGGAAGCGCUGCAUAAAAAGAAUAAAAUGGCCAAAAAGCGCAAGUAGUAAUUGGAUAAAAACUACAACUGCAACAGCUCGUAGAACUUUCCACAUAAUGCAUAAUUUGCUCAACUGUUAGUUUUCACCUCAACACACAUGCAAAAGAAGAUGCCUUUGAUUUUGGACUCGACUCGAUAUCGCUUGAUAAACCACACACUGAAUUUAGAAAGUUUCAAACAAAAUUCUCUCGUUCAUUUCAUUCGCAAUUUGUUAAAUGAUUUCGUUUAGUUUUUUUUUUCAAUUAAUGCAAAUUAUAUUCAUAUAUAGCUUAUUAUAAAUAUAUAUCUGCGCAUAUAUAUUCAAAUCAACUAAAUUCAAGCCAUUCGAAUUGAUUGCAAGUUUACAACAAUCGUUAGAAUGCCUCUAAAUAUAAUAUAUAUAUAUUUAUAUAUUCCUCCCCCGUAGAAAUUGUUCCCCUAUACAGAACUGUAACAGGUGAAAGAAGCUACCAGAAAAGCCAGCACAGUCAAACAAAAAAACAAAAAUAAUACUACAUUAAUUUAGUACUAUUUAUAUGUUAAGCAUUAAAUUCAAAUUUGAACA